CUGAAUAAGCCUGCUUUCAUUGAUAGGAUCGCUCGCGACGUAACAAAAGACAAGCAUGGGCAAAUAUUCUUCUUCUCCCCUCUGGUCCUCGCUCACGCCCAUCCCCCUGGACGAUGGGGCAAAGUACUAUGCUCAGGGCUCUGGCUCCGGCGAAGACGGAGACGAAACAUACCCUUUGGCCACAAUCACAUACACUGAGGACUAUGCUGAGGCCACAGCCUAUCUGAGAGGCGUGAUGGCUGCCAAUGAGAUGUCGGAGAGAGCGCUGGAGCUGACGGCGGAUGUGAUUAUGCUGAAUCCAGCCCAUUAUACUGUGUGGUUAUACAGAGCUAAGAUAAUCCAAGCACUCAAGAAGGAUCUCCGCGAGGAGAUUGCAUGGUUAAACAAGAUCUCGCUCAAACACUUGAAGAACUAUCAGAUAUGGCAUCAUCGUCAACUGAUCAUGUCAGACCGCGAAACCUUUCCUGAUCUUCCUGAAUCAGAGCAGGACUUCCUUGGCCAAAUGUUUUCCCUGGAUUCUAAAAAUUACCACGUUUGGACAUAUCGUCACUGGCUCGUGCGACAUUUUGCCCUCUGGGACUGUCCGCGCGAACUGAGCGAUGUCGAAAAUCUGAUCGAUUCGGAUGUCCGGAACAACUCGGCGUGGAAUCAUCGCUGGGUUCUGAAAUUCGGUCCGCGAGGAGACAAGUUUGACUCUGGCAUGCCGAACCCUACUGACCAGAGUGGUAACCGUGGGCGCCUUGAAAUCGCCGACGAGGACCUUGUAGACACCGAGAUAGAAUACGCAAAGAGCAAGAUCGUCCUUGCCCCAGAAAACAGGAGCCCCUGGGCUUAUGUGCGAGGGGUGCUUCACGCAGCAGGCCGACCGAUGGCGGAACUGAAGACGUUCGCGUCCAGGUUCGUCGUUGAGGAGGUUCAAGACGGUGAGACUAUCGACUAUCAGGUUAAAAGCAGCCUAGCCAUGGAAUGGUUAGCGGAUGCUUUCGCUGAAGAAGCCAAAGAGGGAUACAAGACAGAGACUGCGAAGUACAAGAUCGAGGCGGUUAAGAUGCUGACUUUAUUGAAGGAGAAGUAUGAUCCUAUUCGGAAAAAUUAUUGGGAUUAUCGGAUUCACAUGAUCAAGAAUCACUGAUGUGGAUUGUUCUUUUGACCCUUUUUUUUUUCUCUCUUUUUCUCGUUUUUCGACGAGCAAUCUUUUGAUCCGCAAGCACUGUCUAAUCUAUGACGCCCGUUGGGUACAAUGCCAAAAAUCAACGUAUCGUUAAGUUAGAAUUCUUCCCACCCUCGAAAACGCCUUACAUCCCAUCGCCAGAAUAUCAAAACAGGUAGUAAACAUAGCCACAUUGGACAGUAGUGCAUUAAAUCAUACAGCGGUCACCUGGGUAAAGCUCUGUCAUGCAAGAAUGCCAUUUUCAGCCCCCCAUCCCUCAUCGAGUUUCUGCCGCCAUUCCCCUGCCAUCUGCAAUGAGACAUUGCUUCCUCCACAUACGACAAUGACGACACGAGUAUCGGGGCCAAAGUUGGGGAUCAAUCGGCUAAGAUACGAUUGAACGUCCGUUGCUUCGGUGCCGUAAUCGUUCAGGUUAUUAUUGACGGCCUUAUGGGCACCAUUCACGCGCUUCUCUGGGCUCUUGCGGGUCCACGGUGUUGGGCCAAGCGCUGCUUCAACGCAUAAGCCGCAGGCCAGUUCAACCAGCAGUUUCUGCUCCUCGGCCAAUCUCAAUACACCCUUUGCAGCAUCUGCGUCUUGUAGAACCAACGUGUGCACCUUGACCCCGGCCGGCGGGUACAGGGCAUUAUCUAGAGUUCGUUGAGCAACGCGGAUGGCCCCUAGGGACGUAGCAAGCGAUGUUAUGCCCGGCAGCGAGACCAGUGAACGUUUGGCGACUGCCUGGGCCAGGGCAUCGGCACCAUGUGUCUCCGUUGCGAUGAUGUGGAUAUCCUUUCCUGUCUCGGCGGAGUUGCUGUAUGUGGAGCCGGCCCUGGCUUUGCCGUACAUUUGUUCUUGGCGCUCGAUGCCCUGGAUGAUGCCGUUCAUGAGUCCGCCACCGCCGACGCUGCAGAUGAUCCCAUCGAUGGGGAGGACUUCGUCUUCAAAUUCUCCAAUUCCCAUCUCGUGCUCGCGCGGAGGCAUCUGGUACGCGAGUUCAUCGACCAUUGUACUAACACCCUCCCAGAUCUUCUCGUGGUCAAACGGAUGUAACGCGAUCGGGACGACCGGCUUAGCAUCGCCGUUCUCUGCUGGCCUUCCCCGAAGUGAGUCCAUGAUGGCUCUCAUCUCGAUCGAUGCUUCAUCGAGAUUUGCACCAUGUUGCGCGACUGUGGCGC